CUUAACAUUAAAGAAGACUUUAUGCCAGAAUUUGACACUUAAGACUUGCAGCCUAAUAAUUUUUAUCAGAUUAAAUGAGCAUUUUGUUUAAAGCUUUUUAUGUAAAUUAGGAAGCUGUGCUGAAAAAGUUAAAUCAGCAAGUAAUUGACUUGGCCAAUAGCUUCAACUUUUUAGGAAUGCAUCAGUCUUUUUCCAUAAUCAACCAAACUGAUGAAGGUGAAAAAUAAUCAUAAAUAAAUGGCAUUAGUUUUGUCAGGAGUGAAUUAACAGAAGUAACUUGGAGAAUGGUACUUAAUUUCUAAAAUGGUAGAGGAUUUGAGACUCAAAUGUAUAAUAAAAAAUGUUGUUUUAUAGGCUAAAUGGGUUACAUUUUUUGCAGACUUUAAUGUGUUCACUCUGCACCCCCUCAGGAGGGUUGGAUUAUUUUAGCUGCAUGUUUGGUGUUUAAAAAAUACCAAGACAAAAGCUGGAAUACGUGAAGGCUAUGAUAUCUAGCCUUGUUUUCAAACCACAGUGUGCCUUUACUAUCCCUUUUGUACCAUGAAACCUAAUCCAAGUGCUUAGAACUGAGGAUGGAAACAAAUGUAACUCUGAAUUCCUUGAAUUUGCUUCAGCCAUUACCUUAACAUUCACUAUUUCUUCAAAACAAGGGAAUUUUCAGGGAAUCAAUUUAUUAAUCCACUGUCAAACUUUGUACAAUAAUAUUGUUGGCAUCUAGUCUUUGUAUAAAUAAUAAUUUCCUAACAAAAAAGGCUUUUCAACUUAUUUGUGUUAUAUUGUGUUUAAGAACUUUGUAUUGUGAUCUUCCGCAUCAUGAACGUUUUGUUUAAAGAUUAAAUUUUUGUUUGCAUUACAAUUCUAUGAACUGUUCUUUCUUUUUUUUUGUCAGAGAUGUUGCAUUUAAUGCAAAGCUCAGAAGUUUGCUUCCAGCUGUCUGUAUCUGUGUGGCAGCAGGUCUGUCUUCUACAGGAUAGCGUGAAGAUUAUGAACAGCAGUGGGAAAUGAAAGCUAUGGUCCAUGUCAACACAGUUUUCAUAUUCUGAAUUAGGAGAGAAGUUCUUAUGUUGAUUUAGAACACAGCUUCCUUCUUAAUUAUUGCUACAGACCUUUUCCUAGUCUUCCACUUUAAUUUGUGUGAGCUGGGAUUAUUGAAAACAAUAAAUAUGGGAGCAAAUAUAUGGCUACAAGCUCUGAAAGCAGGAGGCAGUUCAGGAUUUUGUUUCUAGGAAGGAUUUUGCAGAACUCUGACUAUAUCUGGAGAUCAGGAAUUAAUCAAGCUCCCACACUUUAUUUGGCCUUGUUGGGUGGACAAGUCCCUCAAAUGUGCAAGCAGAGUAGUGCAUUCCCCAGAGGGAUUGCAGACACUGCAGUGUAGCUCCAGUGUGAUAGUGAGUAAUGUAGGCUGUGGCAAGGGAGGGGGAAUAGUAAUUGUUUGGAAGAAGUGAGCAGUGAUACUAUGGUCCUUUAUGCUUACAGGAUACAGCAAUGUUUCAGGAGUUCCUAUGUCUGGAGAAGUCUCCAUCGUGGCAUUACGUGAAGAGUUUCUCCCAGUGCUCCAUUGCUAGGACAUGUAGGUGAUGCAGGGGGCAGUAGCAACCCACUCUGGGGCUGGACUGGCAUCUGAAAGGGUUCAGGCAUUAUCUCAGUCCAGUGUGUUUAUUAAAGGACCAUUACAUUUUGCUUUUUGACCAUUUGAGCAUUUUGACCAUGUUAUGUUACUCCAUUUAUGUGAAUACCCAUUCCCUCUUUGUUCAGCUUCUAAUAACCUAGAAUCUGUUGUUAUUUUGUACAAAUGUGCACUGCUUCAUAGGAGCCAGCUAAAAGACUAUCAAGUUGUAUGGAUAUGCAAGUCAUAUGCAUUUAACACCUGGAGAUGUGGAGAAGAGAGGAUGAAAAUGAGUCCACCUUCAGAGAGAGGGGAGAGGAAUAAUUCCUCCGAGUAAUGUGAGAGAUUGGAGAGAUGGUUAUUACUGCUUAGCCCAGCAAGGCUCCUGGGAAAUGUUUCCUGGGAAGUAGAACUUGCUCAUAGGCAGUUCAGGCAGCGUGGUGCUUAACACAGGGAGGUAUCAGUCUGUAGUGCUCAUGGGCCUGCUGUUAAACAGGUACAUCUAUUACUUGCUAUUGCUUUCUUCCUCUUAUAAAAAUGCUAUUUCUAUAUUUACUGCUACUGUUGAUAAGUGUUACUUACAACACCCUGAAUAAAAGUUAUUUCUUUUCUUUUCCCCUACCUCAUACUUGCAUAUCUGUCUAUUGCAGAACCAAUACUCUUGUCAAAAGAUGUUGUAAAGCAAGUAUUUGAAAAGUGUGGAGGGAAAAAAGGCAGUCAGUGCAAUCUCCCUGGCAAUGCAACCUGAAAAUCUCUUAAGUCAGGGUUCAGGAUUCUAGAAUAUGGAUAGCAAGGGGAAGAAGGAAUGUGGUUCAUUACUCUUCAUUGUAAACAUAGCUAACCUGCAAGUAAGUAGUGAAUUGAUUGAUCAUUUGAAAUUGGCCUUGCUCAGUAGCAAAAAUGCAUAAAAUUGUAAUGAGACAGUUGGGUAGGUUUUUUAAAUUAAGCUGUUCAUUAUAACUAAAGGUGUUCAUCACUCUGACCCCUGUGCUUUGGCUUUCUGGUCUAACCAUUGUUUUUGCUUUUGCUGGACCUUAUGCUGGGCUGAUUCUAUGCAAAAGCCUGGCAAAACACUUUAGUGUACUAGUUUUCUGCUGGUUUAACAAGCUGAAUUAGUCUGGUACAGUCUGGCAAGUACCAAAAGCAGCAGAGCAGGACAAAGAUCAGUACCUCCCCUUAUGAUAACUGCUUAGGGUGCAACUUUGUAUUUGCUUGCAGAGUAAUAAUCCUUGGCUGCCUUUUUGGUUUUGUGGUUUUUGGUUUUUUUUUUUUUAAUUGUAGUACAUUACAACUGAAUGGGCACAACGACUUCUUAUGGGUUAUAAUACAUAGAUAUAGCUACAUAUAUGCACAUACGUAGACAUUGAAUGACAAUCUGGUAUUAAACAGGCACACCAAUAUACUAAAUUUGUUUAUCUAAAGUAAAAUAUUAAGAAGUGAAAAGUGUAAGGAUAAAUUUAAGAAAACUCUUCAAGAAUUUGUAAAUAACAUGUCUUGAACUGUUUUUAACCAGAUAUCAGAUAUGUUCAGUUGCUGUGGCUGCACUGGCUGCCUGAAAAUUUAGGAACAGAAGGGAAAAUAAUACACUUCUAUGCUGUGUAACCCAUGAUUACUGUUGAAUAUGUGGGCUCAUUAAUCCCUAACACUGUUUUCCUCAGGUUGCUUGUGUUUUAUCUAGAUUAGUGCUCUAUUAUGGAGCAGUGAUGGCAGUUUCUGUGCUCUGUAGAAAAUUUUCUGCUACUUAGGGAUGACUCUGGUUCUCCAGCAGCAGUUGCUGAGUUGUAUUUCAGUGUGUGUUAAGGCAAUCCAAAGUUGGCAUUGCUUUUUAUGAGGUGGACAAAGUGGUUGUGUCAAAGCAACACAGUGUAGUGUAGUGGGGGUGGAAAACUGAAGAGGGGAGAAAAGCUAGAGCAGGAGCUAGGCCAGUUGUUGUAGAGUAAGUCCUUUUCACUGCUGAAUCUGGCUGAUGAGAGCCAGAAAAACUGCUAGUUUUUCUUUCAAAGCAGUCUGUCUCAUUAAAGAAAACUGCUGAAGUAACUUGAGGGCUGUGCAGGGGAUUGAUUCUGUAAGGUGCUGAGUUUUUGAGUAACUUCUUAGUGAGUGUACUUGACUCCCACCCAAAGCUAGCAAAAGUUCAGAGUAUUCAUACAAUUCCAAUAACUCUAUGAAGUUAUUCAACUCUUUCUUCAGGAUGUAUUGAUAAAAGGAUCUUGUAAAUCAAAGAUUUGUUUUCUUUCUCUUCUGUGGUUAUAAAUGAUAACAUAUGCAUGAAAAGGAAAUAGGUAAGUUUUCUGGUAUAAAAAAUGGCUAGAAAUGAACAACAAUGUCAAAGGCAAGUACAUAUGAAUCUUAUUUGAUUUUAAUCUGGUUUUAUGCCAAGUGGGUGUGGUUUUGCUGGCUUGAGAAAUAAAUCCACUAAACAGUCUGAACUGAUAACAUGUUCUUUCCUGCAUUGCUUCAGAGAAAACUGAUAAACUCAGUAGUUUAAAAUUUUGUACCUGAGUCUUGCUUUCAGCUAUAGCUGCCUGUUUUCCUGUGUUUAGUAAUGCUAGCUUGUUAUAAAGACAGGUUGAUUUUCAUUGCCAUAGAUUUACGCAGAUCCACCAUGAUAUAAACAGAGCCUCAUAUUCCAUAGCAGAGGAGACUGAAAUUCUACAUAAGGUUUCAGGUUGCAGUAGGCUACCAUACAUAGUUACAUUAUUUAUUAUGUUAGAAUGGAGGCAUUUAAUAAGUUAAGCUCACAAAUAAAGAUUAAUAGUCGAUAGAGUAGUGCUUCUGAUACCUUGAUGAAAAGUGGUGCAUGUUUUACGCUGCCCUGCACUUAGUCCUUAAUAUAUCAAAGAUGUUUGUUCUGGAAAUGCACAACUGUCAGAGAGAAGCUGAAGCAGUGAGCAGAUGGGGAAGUGGAAUAUGCACGAGCUGAAUGUUCUUGAGUCAGCAGUGAAGUAGCAAAUAGUGCAUGACAACUUGUCUUUUAAGACUUCAGGGGUAAUCAGUUCAGAUCUCAGUCAUUUGCUUCCUUGGAGUAUUGCUACAGGACACUGCAGACUCAAAACAGAAGUGGAGCAGAGUACAAGCUCAGGUUUGGGAAUUAUUUCUUCCCCCCCAAAAAAGCUGCUGUUUUGUUCUGGUUUGGGUCAGUUUGGGGUUUUUAACAGAAAGUAAAGCUGUGCUGCAGAAGUCUGCUAUGGUUAAUAAGACUUUGAGCUCCAUUAAGUUGCAAAAUCCCUCUUGCAUUUUUCAGAGGUUUCUGUCUUUAACUGUGUGCCAUUUGAUUUCAACUGCCUUUUCUCAUUAAUGGCCCACCCCUAAGUGAAUUUUAAUCAUAAUAAUAAUUCUAUAGGGCAAAGGAGUCCCCGAAAGUUUCUAGAUGACAGAGAAAAUUAUCUCCUAUUUGUCUAGGUAAACAUUCCUUUGGCUUCUGUAUUGAGGUCAGGGAGAUACUAAAUCACUGUGGUUGCUGUCUCUCCCUUAGGGUCCAGCUGAUGACAAAAUUACAACCUGGUAUGUAAGAGAAUUCAGGCUUGUGCUGGCACGAGAGAAGGAGCUGGGAAGGGCACAGUAGGGCUGAUUAUUUCAGUGGCUGUGCCACUUCUGAUCAUCUGGAGAUAGAAAUACAUAGUGACCUACAUAGUGGCCAUACAUAGUGACCUACAUAGUGGCUUCAUCCACCUAUAAAACAAGGAGUAAGAAACACAGAUUGGGAGGCAAGCUCAGUCAUUCUAGAGGCUGUCCCUGCUAUACGUUGAAAGAAUUGAGCUGGCAAAGGGUACUGGAAAAAUUCUAUUUGGAAGGGAAAGCUUUGGUUGUAGGUCUGAGUCUCCCCAGCAUUUCAUCUCACAUCCUUAGCAGUGUUUAGCUAACAGCUGUACUUUUUGCCAUCUUCAUAGAGUUAAUUCAAUGGUUCUUUGGCAGUUAUUUAAGUCCAGAGGUCAGUGGGGAGGGAGUAGCAUUUACCUGAACUUUUUCUCAGCCAAUGUAAUGUACUAGAAAAUCAGAGAGCUUUUUAGUAAGCUGAAUAAACUGAUACCGAAUCAGAUUACUGGGGAAGCAUGGAAAAUUCAUCCUGUGCAGCUGGGGACCUGACAUAUUUGUCAAAUCAUGUAUUUGUCUUUCCCUCCCAAAAUAAUAAUGUAUCCUGAGAACAUCUCCAGUUGAAAGAGAGUUUGUAUGCUGAGGAACGCUAACAAAAGGACUGCAGUCAUUUAUGAACAGUUACACAAAUGUAAAAGGUAUGUGUGUAUGGUAAUUAAAGAUUGAAAAAUUAAGCUACUAGGUAAGUGCUCAGAAAUGAUCAGGUAUUGCCCAGGAAACUAAAGUAAGCAUUUGAAAAGCUCUGCAGUGUUUUGUUUUCCUUUUAAUUUUUUUUAAUCUCCUAUUGAGAUGUCAAUUUAUUUCAGCUUUGAAAAGCUCCAAGAACUCGCACAAGGUGUUUCUGCUGCCUUCUGGUCCUUUGCACCGCCCCAGGCAAUUGUACCCUGCAUCUCCCCCUGACGGCGCUAUUGCCUGCCUGGCAGGGCUGCAGGUACCGGCAUCUGCUCUGCAAAGGCCGUUUGAAAAAAGCAUUUACAUGAAUUCAAUACAAAUUGUAAGGCAAGCUCCUUGAGGUUUGACUGUAAACACACCCUUGAGUUCCAGUCUCUGCGGUAUGGAGCAAUACACUAGAAACAAGAAUGGAAAGCUUAUUUGGGGGUAGCAAUACCAGUUUGUCCUCACUGUGUGCAAAGCAAAUGCACUACACAAAUAGCAAACCACUAAGGAAUUCCUUAUUUUAAUGAAUGGAUUUGAAUGGAGAAUCUGCAUUUUCAGUAUACUUUUUGCUGUCAGGGUGUCUGCCCACUUUGAUGCUAAUCAAUCCAAGCUGAGAAAUAAGCUGGGUUAUUAAGAUGGAUGUUACUAUUACAAAAGUUGUAUUAAAUGGAAAACACCUUGGGAAAUGAGAAAUCCUUUUCCAUUGAGAAACAGCUUAAUUCUGGAGGAAAUAUAAAUUCUGUUAAUCUUCUUCCCACUUCUAAUCCAUGUCAGAAUAGUUACCUGGAAGCAUGCUCUGCUCACCUAAUUUCUCUUUUGCUGGUAUCUCUUUCUGCAUGGGACACUGAAGUCACUACAUGGCUUAGGCUGUGUUACUAGGCUGAAAUGCACUCUCCUUCUCAGUCCUCAAAUCAUUCUUGUUGUUUAACCUUUUCUUGAAUAUCUUAUUUUCUUCAGGUAUCUUGAGUGGCUCUGCUGGAAAGUAAUUUUUUCUUCAUUUAUCUUGAAUAAGUGGGAAAAUAAAAUACUUGUUAUUUUGAAUGUGUAGAUAAGUUCUGAGUAACUUCAUAAGGCAUCAUGUAUUGCUUUCUGGUUUUAUUCUGUGAAUGUCAAUAUAAAGCUACAUGAUGUUCAAAUGUAAUUGAAAAAUUGUUUCAUUAUGUAGAAUGAUUGAGAUUUAAAAAUCAAAUGCAUAGCUUGCUGGUGAUGAAUUCUUAGUGUCUAAUAAUAUUUUUCAUUACAAUCUGACAAAAUGUUGUGUCUGUUGGGUUAUGUCAGCAAACAAAUAGACAGUGGGUUAGUUGAGGUUUUCCUCUACUGUUUUGCUUAUUUGCAAUGAAUCCCAAUUGUCACUUUUUGCUUCAUUUCUGUGAUUUGAGAAAUCUAUUUAAUACAUUGCUGCCAGCUAAGGUGCUUUCUUAACUGACUCUGCACCCUCUGAUAUUCUCCUGGAUUUUCUCCAUGAUGUCUGUCUCCAAGGACUGCUUUGUUCAGUCUGUUCACUCUGUUUGCAUUUUCUCUUUUGAGCUUGUAGCCAUUGUGCAGUUGUUCUCUAGUUAAAUCUCUGUGUGUGCAUAUUUGAGGCUAUAAGGCAGCCUUUUGGGGGUCUUUGUUUCAGCUGGGUGUUCCUGUUCUGUGGAAGGGAUGUGCAACUGCUCACUUCCAUGAAGAGGGUGACUGUUUUCAUGUGCCAGCUUCAGUGAAAUUGUUGCCUAGCUGCUGCCAGAAAUGUUUCACUGUGAUCAGGCCACCAGGCAUCCCCAGACUAGUCACAGAGGUUAGCAUCACCUUCUCCAGCUGGAGCACAUCAUUAUAGGAUGGUUGCUUGCUUGUAGGAGAACAUACUCCAAAAUGCUUUGAAUGUUCAUGAAGGUGUAUUCCUGAUUCUGCCACUCUCCAAGGUUAGAAGGACAGAAGAUGGAAGACAGGAGUUAGUAAUUUCUCAGUGGCAGCUUUUUAAAGGUACCACGAACCAAAAAGAAAAAAAAAAAUCGGAAGGCCUUUGCCUUUCUGUGCCUGAGGCAGCUUUUGGCGAGUGCCUUGAGGAACAGUGGCAGAGCCAAGAGGAUACAGCAAUAAAGCUGGUCUGGAGCUAUAGCUGUGUGUCAGAGUUGUGGCCUUCCAGAUAAUGGGUGUAGCCAGGGACUCCUGUCAGUACAACAAGCACUUCAUCAGUGUCAGGACUCUCGGGGAUCCCUGGGAUUUUCAAAACACACAGGUAUUGUCUUUACAUUCCUACCUGAAGAUGAUUUUUACUGUUUCUAGCUUGGAGAUGCAAUCAGUCUGAAGUCUGACAAACUAUUUCAUAACUGGGUGGAAGCUGAGAAGACUGAAACCCAGGAGGAAAAGUCUAAUACUGCAUCAUUUCAUAAACAGCUGAAGGAAUGAAGCCUGGUCUACAGAUCAGUGUCCCUGAAGAUUUUCUCAUACUUGAGUUAUUUAAAAGUGACCUCCCUUUUACAGGUUUUCUGGUAUUUUAACUUAAUCUUUGAGGCUUUUUCUUGGCUGGAACACUUUGGAAAUACUAUCUUCCUCCCCUAGGUAGCCACUUAUCUCUCUUCAUGAAACUUGAAGGAACUGAGACUUCUUUCGGUAUAUUUGUUUGAAGUCAGCCAGCACAUUCAAUAUUUACUAGAGGAAUGACAGAGAUUGCAUCAUUAACAUUAUGCUUUACCUAAUUACCUCUGGGAAUAUGAUGUACAUAGUCUUCCUCCUAAGAAAUCUGCAGAAACUGUAUUUGUUACUACAAAUGCAGUAACCUCUGAGUCAAUAAAUCCAUUCCACAUUUAAUGAACUUUGAAAGAGGUGAAGAAAGCAAAACUUUUAAGUGAGAAGAUGGAUCAGAGUUUCAAGUGUGCAUCUAUACAUACCAAAUCUCCUUUCAGCUUUUAACUUUAUCAGCAAAGACUAACAUAAACAGAUGAGAGAAGAGAAAAGGAAGAUGGACCUAUCCCAAGGCACAAAACAAGAUUGCCUGGGUGAUCCUGGAUGUAAUUAUCAAAGCUUUAACUAAUCAGGGUUUUUGUUGUUGCUGUUGCUUCUGCUGGAAAGUUGCUCAUCAUUUCCUGUCUGUUUUUUCAUAAUGACUUAAUGUUCUUGUCAAAUUCAUAGAAUUUGAGUCAGUAGUGUGGUUUUAUUUGUUAGACUGGAAGAAAAAGGAACUUAAACAGUAAUUGACAACUUUUUUUUUUUUUUUUCUAAACCCUGUAGGAGUUCUCUCCUCAGUGGUUGUUAACAAACAUGCCAGAAGAGGGAAUGCAGACUGCUCUCUAUUCUGGCUGGGCUGCCUGCAUUGCUGUCUUCCUUUUCAGCUAAUGCAGCUUGACUGUUUCUGGGCUAUAAGCGGAGGCCUGUGGGCUGUGCCAGGCAGCUCUCCCAGCUCCUCAGGACAGGCUCAGUACCUCUGCACAGAGGUGCCUUGUGUAGGGAAAUUCUACUGUGAUGCAUGGACUAAAGGCCACACCACUGAGAUUCUGUGGAGGUAAUGGCAAAAUACAGGUACAGGGCAAAAAAAAUUCCUUCCUGUUCUCUGUUCAAAGCUGGUGUCUCACUUUUGGGAGGCUGGCACUGCUGCAUGUUUCCCCAGUGUAAGCCUGGAGGAGUUCUAUCUGUCUGGCAUACAGUGCUGUUGUCAGAGCUGAGCUGAAGUUCCAUGAAUAGCAUGAGCUGGCACAAGCUGAUGGUUCUGCUGAGGGAGGUGGCUCUGCUGGCCUCUCCCUCCUCCCCUCCCUGCAGACACUCCUGCAGCUGUGCAGAAAUGCAGGGGGAGGCUAAAGCAGCCCUGGGCGUGGGCCCAGCACCCACACACUCCCAUUCAUCCUGCACGUUGUGGUGCGUCCAUGGCCCAGCUCAGGCUGGGCUGCUCCCUCCCUGUCACACUCCGGGGCACUGAGGCCACUGACUGUGUCCUGCUGGCAGUUUGGGUGUAGCUCUGUUGGUGGCAAUGAGGGAGUUUAGCUGCAUGGAUACAGGCUGUUCUUGGCAAUAUGUGAAUAUGAAAAAUAACUCCAGUAUCAUAUCCUUGUUCUUUAAAUUUUGAUAAGCUGCCUGUGGCUAGUUGUUCAUCCUUGGAUGCACAUAAGUGGUUUGUUUGGUUUUUUUUUUAAUUCCUGCAUCUCCUCUUUGCUGCACCAAAAAGUAAAUAAGUAACAGAGAUACGAGAGCAUUUGAAAACCUGUUUCAUGAAGUGCUAUACCUCACUGUUGUGUGCCAUCCAAGCAUCUUUGCACAUUCAAUACCACCUGAACCAGGAGGAACACAAACAGUGAACAGUAACCCCAAUGUCACCUGAGUUUGACACCUGAUGUCUAAGUAGAAGCUGCAGACUUUACUCACUAAUAACCAGUGUCAGAACCUGAGAUCUGCUUGAUAAAGCUGAGGAUCAAACACUUCCAGGGUUGAAACCAUACCAGAUUUUCUACUUGGAAGAGUCCACUUAUUUUUAAAUCAGGCUUCCUCCAGUAUGUUGGAGAAGAGUCUCUCUGAAGAAAAAGAGCAAAAACCUCUCCUGGAAGGAUUGCUUUUGUUAUAUACAGAGGCCAAAUUUUUGCACACGCUAUGUGAUACUUUCUUCUGAAAGUUCUCUGCAUAACCUCUGCUUCAGAGUAGGUCCUAGUCAGCAGAACUGAUUUCUUAAUGAAAAUGAAUGGUCAGAUUUCCUGUUGCUUGUGUGCCCCAAAUCAGUUGUGCCCCUUUCUCCUCAGAACUGCAGACUUCCUCUCUUUCUAUAUAAUUAUUGCCUUUUACCUAGUCAUUCUUUUAUUAUUGCUGGAUGGAAGCAUGGAUAUAAAGCUCCUAACCUCUCUAUUAGGACUCCAUUCAAGCUAAAAGUGGUUUAUAAGAUAAAAUCACAGAUAAGUUAUAUUUUAUGCUGAGAUAAUUUUGUACUGCUUUGUUUCAGAGUCUGCUCUUGACAUCUAGGCUUCCUGUUGGCCUAGCAAAGGUCUUACAGCAUGUCUAUUUUCUUCAUUCUUCUUUUCACAAACUAAAAUAGCCUGGUGGUGUAGACACUGUCAGCAUUACCUUUGUUCCUUCUUUAAACUUGUAUUUUACACAAUAAUCUCCAGGAAACAAUCCUAUUCCUGGAAAUUCAUCACAUUCCAUGCAGUUGUGUGGCCUCUAUGAUGGUGUUUUUCAGCUGCUUUAAGUGAUUCAGUGGAACUUCAAUUUGUGUUUGAGAUUCCUGGAAGGUUUGUCAUAUACAGUGCUCUAAAACCACAAUACAGCAGAUGAAGGCAGGCAAAUAAAAAUGCACAAUUCUGUCUCUUAAAUUAUUAUUGACCAGUCUAUAGGGGAAGUUGUUUGAAGCAUUGAGUUUUAAAUGUCUCAAGGGUAGGUAUAUAAUCAGCCUGUUGCUGAAAAAAGAGUCAAUGUACCACAUCAAUUUCAACCAACAGCUAGACUAAAACAGCUUGCAUGGAUGUUUCAUCCCCUUGUAUUUGUGCUAUAGUAAACAACCCUAUCUCUUAUCUCAGCUGCAUGAGGGCUUCUUUUAUAUAUGUAUAUGGAAAUAGAUGCAGCCUUAAUUCUGAAUAGUCUGAUAGUUGUUCAUAUGGAUAGAAAGUUUUGGCAAUGCAGCCUGGACUGCUUGGACAAGUCUGCAAAUCACAUCCAGAAACACCUCCAGCUGUGACAAGGAGCCCUCAGACUAUCAUAUUUUGCUUGUGUGAAGGGCUUACAGCCAGAACAUGGACGAUACAAAAGCACUUAAAGAGAAGAAAAGAAAUAAUGAUUAAAGAAAUUACAGAGACUUUUAAAUGUGGCGUCACUGACUUGGCUGAAUUUGGUGUAGUCCCAGGAGAGACCAACCACUGACAAUCGAGGAAAGGUGAGAGUAAAAAUGAAAAUAUCAGGUGCAUGCUCUGUGUAUGAGGCCUGAAUAAGAUGACAUUGGACUGACAAUUAGUGCAGGCCACAGAUUGCUAUUAUUUAUGCCCCCUCAUCACAAAAGCUUAUUCCAAACACUGUGAUGAAAUACAUGGUCUUUUUGGCUGUUCCCUCACUGAAGUAGAGGGAAGUAGCCAGAGCUGAAAUUGUAAACUGUCCCAAAGCUUUUUUUGGUGGGAUGUUUUUCCAAUAGUUGGAUUCAAAUUGAUUCCUAGUGAACUGCAAGGAGCAAAUACAUGACUGAAAAACAACAGGAGAAGAAAACCCUUUUACCUGUGAGCACUGAAAUGGAGGCAAGUCUGAACACAGCAGAUGUAAUUGCAGUGGCUCAGAUGCCUUCCACGUUAAGUGGCUGACGGAAAUGCAGGAAGCACAGUGCAGGAUCCACACAGACUUCCGCUGGCGCAAGUGGAGCUGACCGGGAUCUGUGUCAUGGAUAAGCAGCAAAACACCAACCCAUUCACUCACCUCUGCGUGGGCCUCGUCCUGUGACGCAGGAAGUGCUGGGAGCUGUCUGCUGCCAUCGAUUCCCUGUGGUUGGAAGAACAACUCCAGUCCCAAAGGAGGCUGACUGGAAAAGUGCCUCAUUCCACCACACCUGCCCUGCCGGCGCAGCGUGGCUCACGGACUGCACCUUCACAGCCAGCAGGAGCACUGACACCAGCACGUGCUUUCACUGACUGGCUCAGUGAUGCUUAGCACUAUAAAGCAAAAAUGCUAUUAGUUUGAUCUAAACAGCCUCUACUCUCUUACGAAUCUCACAACUCUUACAGCUACUGAGCUUAUACAGAAGCCACCAACACAUUUUGUUCCUUAUCUAUGUCUCUAUCAGAUAACCCCCUGUGCAGCUAAGUUAUAGACUAGCUCAUCCCCAAUCCCCUGAGACUUCCUCUCCCACUAAUCAAGAGGCAUUUCAGGCAAUCAUUUAAAUGUGUGGUGUUUUUUCACUGUUGUUCUGUUCUAGCAAUUAACACAAAACAUUGUUUAAGUUUAGGCAGCCAAGACUGCUGCUGUAUUUUAGUGCUUUCUAAUUUUGAGAAUCUAUUCUAAUCCUGACCCUUUCCCAGCUAACAAGCAUACCAUAUGUCUGAUUACUCAGGUUCCCAUGAAAAAUAGGAAAUUAAAAAUUCCAGAUGAUUAACAAACAUUUCUUCUUGUUUAUUUUGAGAUUAUGUUUUAAAAUACCAUGAAAAAAAUUUAGAGACUUCUUUCUCAAACAUUUACUUUAUCGUUUAGAUGUGUAAAAGAUAUUUUCGUUAAGAAUGUGCUGUUUGUGCUUUUUAGAAUAUGAUUUAUUGACAGUGGUUUGCUACCAGUAAAAGAUGUACAAUUGACUGUUUAAAGACAGUGGACAAAAGGGUGGGUGAUUCCAUGGUAGAAUUUCAGAGGAGGGGAACUAGGCAUAGACAUUCUAAGCUGGUUUAAUGACAGUGAAAGUCUUGUAUCCUCUUCAAAACAUUCAAGCCCAAAGCAUGAUGCAAGUUGGAGCACUACCAACAGCCUGUUAUCUCUGCAGGAUGUCAGCCAGGGGAGCAGGUCAUGUAACCAGUGACUCCAUCCAGUACAGCACGGAGCCAGGAUACUGGUCAGGAGAGGUCACUGCUCUGGCGAGUAGAGACUCCCCUAAAAGUAGAGCUUCAUUGUACUAAUGUAGAGAUUCUGUGCAUGAGUUUGGUUAUGAGCAGACUAAUUUGGUGAGAGGCAGAAAGCUGUUGAGAAAACCAAACACUUGAAUUAAGCCAUCUCUCUGUGAGUGCUUGAGUGAGGAGAAGAGAUGGUUCCCAUGCAGAAGAAAGCCUAUGUUUAUAUCUGAUCCAGCUACAGCAUUUCAGUAGAGAACAUCAGAGGGGUAAGGCUGGGAGGCAGCACUGGGGCAGCCUCAGCUGCCACCUGAGGACAGCAAGGCACUGCUUGAUUCUUGUCCUAAUAUCCUCCACCAGAAGUGUUUGUCCUUGCUGCAACUUGUUUAUUCACCCAUAAAUGAGCAUUGGUGGUAAUAAAUUUCUGUUUUAUUUUGAAAGUAGCAGUUGAUAAUUAUAAAGUGCUUGCUCUGAGCUUGAGCUGCUGGGCUUCAUCCCUCCGGCCUCAUGUGAGCUACCCCCACUCACUGCAUCACAUCUAAAAUUAGGUAAGAUGCUAUUUCCCGUGAAGUGCAGGGCUCAGUACCUCAGAGCUGCAAGAGCUGGACCAGGCACAGCUCCUCAGUUAGGAAGAUGCUUUCAGACAGAUCACUGAAGAACACUUAAUGAUGAUCAGAAGUGUUACAGAAGUACAGCAGCCUUCACAUCCAGGAGCUCCAGUUCAGCCAAAGAAAAAUGGGAGCCAGUUCUAUUUCUUUUGGUAUGUCUUUAGCUCUGUAUUUUCUCAACAAUAUGUGGGACAGCUGUCAAUAGCUCUAGAGAUCUAGAAACAACUACUUGGGCCAAAUUCUUCCCCAAGGUAGUUGCACGGCUUUCAUUGUAAUCAUACCAGUGAUGAAUGUGGCUCUUCUUCACUUAGGAAAAACGCAAAGAGCUCGUGAGAUUAAACAUUCUUUCAGUGCUUUCCUUCUGAUUAAAGCAAGUUUUAGUACUUAUAAAAUGCUGUGGGCUUAAGAAAUGGCUGUAUUCUUCAUCCUGCUCUGAAGCUUUGCUGCAGCUUCCCACCAGACUCAGCCCAUAGCAUCCAUACAAUUUAUUUUAGAAGUCUGUAUUCCCAGUGCACUCCUAUUCUUUAAACAUCUGGUGCACUUAAUAUUUCAAAAGCACUAAUCUGGGGGGAGAAGGGUUAAAAUGUGAAACUAGAGAAAAACAAACUAGGGAAAAGAAAUUCUGACAGAAACUUCAAGCAGCUAAGAAACACUAGAGCUGUCAAAUCAUGCAUUUUGGAUUUGAGCUGAAUCAAAUCACGGAAGUGCUUUUUCAGUGCUUCGUCUGAAAGCAAUUUAGCAUUUCUGUGUUAGCAGAUUAUGCUGUUUUCAACAGUUGUUGGAGAGAUGACUGAUGAAAAGCAUUUUCAUUGUGGGUGUGCUUCCAAGUACAGACAGAGCUGUGGCACUCAAACCCCAAAGGGUUUUCUUACCCUGAUCUCUCCUGAAGCUGUGGGUAAGUGGUCUGCCAAGCUCUGUGCAGCACUAUUCCCUCAGACCCAGCUUCAGUGCAGCUCUUGGGACCCCAGACUUCAGUGUAUGGGAUGGCUUUGUGUUUUUCUCAGGGUGCAUCCUCAAAUCAUGAGGGAUUGGAGAGGGGAAAAAAGCCCAGAACUCUGAGCAGGAAUCAGUAGAAGAUGGGAGCUGUACCUGGCAUUGGUGCUGAGAAAGGACUUCAGGAUUAGGCAUCCUGAACCUGGAUCCCACAUGAGAAUCAGCCCAUGGCUCCAUGAACAGAACAUAACUGCAAUGUAAACAUUGGCAGUGCAAUCUGUCCCUAUGUUCAGCUGAGUUUGGAGGCUGGUCUGUGAUAGUUUUAAUUCGGGUGAAAAUCAAACCCUGCCCCUGGUUCUGUCACAGUGUAAGUACUGCAAGGCAGCACUCAGUAGCAGCAAUGACACUUGGAGAAUCUGUAAGUUAUGAAUGACAGAAUAAGCCAAUUGACAGUAAAAGGCAAAUGUACUAAGUUUGGAAUAAUGACAUUUCUUAUGUGAUCUGUCCCGCAUUCCUCUGGAGUCAAUGAAAAAGAGGCAACAGUGAAAUCAAAGCAUGUCAAAACCUUGCACUCAUACAGAUGGUUCAAUCCAGUUACUGUUGCCUACCAUUUUAAUAAAAUAAAUACUCCAAAGUUACUUCAGAUUUCACCGGGCUAGAUGGUCUUAAAAUAAUGCAAGAAUUUGCAAAUAAAUUAGUUUUCUGCAGGCAGCAAAAUUUUUCCACUAGAGCAAAGGUAUUUGGAGCCCCAGUUGUAUGUUUACUAUCAAACAUGUAUUUUUGGGCCUUCUUCCACCAGAACUGCAGUGAGCCUCCAUCCCCAAACUCAGCAGCUAUAUUUAUCCAUGGACCAUGUUUUCUACUGCAGUAUCAGUGACCUUGCCUGUAAUUAUUCUUCACAGGGGAAGCUUAGCUCAGUCCUCCAAGUACUGCAGUAACUCUGAACAAAAAUAACCCAAAAGUCCACAACAGGAAACGUUAACAAUGGCAGGAUUACUGGCCACCAUGUCACCGUAAAAUAAACGAGCAACUGAGAGGGAGUUCAGGGAAAAGCAGCACCACAAUUAAGUAACAGGAGGGACUGACUUAUGAGGAAAGAUUAAAUGAGCUAAGCGAUGAUGAAAGGGUGAACGGAACAACUGCCUCCAAAUGUUUGAAAGAAGAAACCAUCCAGGACAGGGAGGGAUUCUCUAAGCUACUGCCAGGAGGAGGAUGAUUCCUGUGACCGAGUUCCGGCAGUUCUCGGAGCAGCAGCCGGCGUUCCGGGUGCUGAAGCCCUGGUGGGAUGUGUUCACGGACUAUCUCUCGGUGGCCAUGCUGAUGAUCGGAGUGUUCGGCUGCACCUUGCAGGUCAUGCAAGACAAGAUAAUAUGCCUUCCAAAGCGUGUCCAGCCUUGCCAGAACCAAUCUAAUAGUUCAAAUGUGUUUAACACAAUCCCAGAUACCACCCCCCUUCCACCACCGAAGCCAUCCACCCCUCCAGCUACAGUUGAAAUGAAAGGACUCAAGACUGACUUGGACCUUCAGCAGUACAGCUUUAUAAAUCAGGUGUGCUACGAACGGGCUCUGCACUGGUAUGCCAAGUACUUCCCUUACCUUGUCCUUAUACACACACUGGUCUUCAUGCUGUGUAGUAACUUCUGGUUCAAAUUCCCUGGAUCAAGCUCCAAAAUUGAACACUUCAUUUCAAUACUUGGGAAAUGUUUUGAUUCUCCCUGGACGACAAGAGCUUUAUCUGAAGUGUCAGGGGAAGACUCUGAAGAGAAGGAUAACAGGAAGAACAACAUUAACAAGUCUAAUACUACUCAGCCAAGCACUGAAGGCACUUUGGUCAAGACACAGUCUUUAAAAUCAAUCCCUGAGAAGUUAGUUGUGGAUAAGGGAACACCUGGGGCAUUAGAUAAAAAAGAAGGUGAACAGGCCAAAGCACUGUUUGAAAAGGUGAAGAAAUUUAGACUGCAUGUUGAGGAGGGUGAUAUACUGUAUGUCAUGUACGUUCGCCAGACUGUACUUAAGGUAAUUAAAUUCCUUAUUAUUAUUGCUUACAACACAGCACUUGUCUCAGAAGUUAAUUUUACAGUAGUCUGUAACGUUGAUAUUGAAGACAUGACAGGAUACAAGAACUUUUGCUGUAAUCACACCAUGGCACAUCUGUUCUCUAAACUCUCCUACUGCUACCUGUGCUUUGUCAGCAUCUAUGGCCUGACAUGCCUUUACACACUGUACUGGCUGUUCUACCGCUCACUGAAAGAAUAUUCCUUUGAGUAUGUUCGGCAGGAGACGGGAAUCGAUGACAUCCCAGAUGUCAAGAAUGACUUUGCUUUUAUGCUUCAUAUGAUCGAUCAGUAUGAUCCUCUCUACUCCAAGCGCUUCGCUGUCUUCCUGUCUGAAGUCAGUGAAAAUAAGCUGAAACAGCUGAACCUGAACAAUGAGUGGACUGCAGAUAAACUGCGACAGAGGCUGCAGACAAACUCCCACAGCCAUUUGGAGCUACAGCUUUUCAUGCUUUCUGGACUACCAGACACAGUGUUUGAAAUUACUGAGCUGCAGUCUUUAAAACUUGAAAUAAUUAAUAAUGUAAUGAUACCAGCAACCAUUGCACAGCUGGACAAUCUCCAGGAGCUGUCAUUGCACCAGUGCUCUGUGAAGAUCCACAGUGCUGCCUUGGCUUUUCUGAAGGAGAAUCUCAAGAUCUUGAGCGUCAAGUUUGAUGACAUCAGAGAACUUCCACAUUGGAUGUAUGGCCUCAGAAAUUUGGAAGAGCUCUAUUUAAUUGGCUCCUUAAGUCAUGAUAUUUCUAAAAACAUUACAUUGGAGUCUUUUCGGGAGCUUAAAAGCCUAAAAGUUCUUCACGUAAAAAGUAAUUUGUCCAAAAUCCCACAAUCUGCAGUUGAUGUUUCAAGUCACCUGCAGAAAUUGUGUAUCCAUAAUGAUGGCACUAAGUUAGUGAUGCUCAACAACCUGAAGAAAAUGGUCAACUUGACACAGCUGGAAUUGGUUCAUUGUGAUUUAGAGCGCAUACCUCAUGCAGUCUUCAGCCUUCUCAGUCUUCAGGAAUUGGAUCUAAAGGAAAACAACCUCAAAUCCAUUGAAGAAAUCGUAAGUUUUCAACAUCUGCGAAAGCUGACAAUCCUCAAGCUGUGGUACAACAGUAUCACCUACAUCCCAGAGCAUAUAAAGAAACUCACGAGUCUAGAGCGGCUUUCCUUCAGCCAUAACAAAAUAGAGGUUCUUCCGUCCCACCUAUUCCUAUGCAACAAAAUCAGAUACUUGGAUUUGUCUUACAAUGACAUUCGCUUUAUCCCACCUGAAAUAGGAGUUCUUCAGAGUUUACAGUACUUUUCCAUUACUUGCAACAAAGUGGAGAGUGUGCCAGAUGAACUGUACUUUUGCAAAAAACUUAAGACUCUGAAAAUUGGGAAAAAUAACUUGUCAGUCCUUUCACCUAAAAUUGGUAAUUUGACAUUGCUCUCCUACUUGGAUAUUAAAGGCAAUCACUUUGAAAUUCUUCCACCUGAGCUCGGUGAGUGUAGAGCUCUGAAGAGGACUGGUUUCACUGUGGAGGACAACUUGUUCGAAACUUUGCCAUCUGAUGUCAGGGAGCAAAUGAAAGCUGAAUAACUUCUUCUUGCUCAGUUUUACAGAAAUAACACUUCUACCAAAAACGCUCUAGAGAAUGCAUACUCUGAAUAUGCAUUUAAUUUGUCGUUAUUUUUUUCUUUUUCAAAUCCUUUCUGUACAAACAAAUUUGGAGUAAGGAGUACAUAUAUUUUUUAAUAAAAUUUUCUCAUAUUUUUUCACUGUUUUAAGAUAUUUUUAGUUUGUUUUGCCCUGAGAAGAAGGGCAUCUGUAAAUUAAUUUUUACUGGUAAAAGUAAAUGAUUUUGUCUGCUGGUUUUUCUUUCCAUUUCCUAAUCCCACCAGGGAAACUGUGUUUAUGAUGUAUGCUUUGAGUUGAAUAGUUUGUAAUAGAUUAUUAUAUUGUCUUCCUAGUUAUUGUUAAUCCCUUAGGACAUGGUCUUCAACAGGUGGUGCUGCAGGUGUUGAAUGCCUUUGUUCCUCUUUUCUUCAGUGGCAGUAGAAGGUGUUCAACAUCUAACAAGAUCAAGUCUAGGCUUACAAUCCCUUUUUACUCACAACAGGGUUUUCUCAGAUGGUCUAAGCAAGUAGAAAAGGAUCUUUAUGUAUUUUAACAGGUGAGAGGGAGCAUGCAGAACUCCUUCAGGACCUGUUGGCCAUUCAGUCUGGCUGCCCGUUCACACAGUGCACUGAGCAGGAGGCACUCACUGUGAUUUCCUCUCUGGUGCAGGAAGAGUAAGGUCACAGCUCACAGUGGAAUCAGGACCAAAGUGACUCAUAUUAAAGGUUUUCUUAACAGGGCAAAGGGAUGUGGCUGCCCAUUUCCUCCUGACUUGAGUGGAAGGGGUGCAGUGAACUCACUGUAUUGGAAAUGUCAGCUCAGCAAGAUGAAAUGCUGUCUUGAGAAACCCCAUCCUCCCUUAAACACCAGUGCUGCAAGAGAGAAAGUGCCCUCUGCCCACUUCCCGCCAAACUGCUUGGCACCUUCUAGGAAUGGGAUCCAGAAAAAGUGCAAUCAUACUUAGUUUGUAAAGCUUCUGAUGAGGAAAUAGCCUCUAAUGUGCUCCUUGAUUUAGCCUGGGUUUUAUGCUAAGCACAGGAACAUUUGCACAUUUGCAAAAAUGAGAUUAAAUGAAUACAUUAAUUUCUCACAAGUCUCAGCCUACCCAGCAUACAAAGGACAGAGAUGAGGGCUAUGUUUUCAUCUCCCAGAGGAUAAUUAAAUUGGAAAUCCUACAGUUGGAAUUUUGCUUUUUACAAUAAUGUAAUCUCCGAUUAUUGUGCAUCAGGUUGGGAACUUUAUCCUCUGAAGCCAUGUUCAGCUGUUUAUUUAAUCCAGCCAUUUGAUUUCUUUCAGUCAGGUUUUAAAGGGAUGUGCUGCCCACAAGCUAAUUUAAGCUAAUCAAAAGUAAUAAAAUAUUGUGCUGGGAGGAGAUCUCUUCAUCGUAUCCAACAACACACAUUUGAGUCAGAUGCAGGCACUUGAUAAAUGUUUCACAAGAAAUCUAGGAAUAAGUCCUUAUUUCUGUAGAAGGCAAUGAUGCUCAUUAAUUGCAGAGGCCGAAUUGCUGUUUGUUCAAAUGUAUGUAAAAUAUUUGACAGUUGUCAGAUUGGUUGCUCUUACAUAUUUUCUAACUGCCAUUGUGUGUCUUGAGCUACAGUUACUCUGAGUUCUUGAGCUUGGUACAGAAGCAUACAGUUGGUUUAAGAGAAUAACUUACAGAGGUGAGGAGACAAACUACAGUGAGAACUUCCUCAUUAAUCCAGGGUGUGCUAUGCAGUUUGGUGUGUGAGCUUGCCACAGUACCAGGUCAGACUUAUUUUUUGUGCUUGGCUGUGUUCUGGAGAAGAUCCAGAUUAAUCAAAACUGGGUCAGGCAUGAAGGAAUCAAAUCAAGCUUUUUUAAAGGGGUUUGAUUUAGUUCUAUUUAAGACCUGUAAUUGAUGUAGCUAUUGUAAGAGCUACCCUUACUGUUGUGUGGAAUGCACUUACUGGAACAGCUUGGCAGUAUAUAUAUUCUAAAUGUAUUUCACUUUGAUGUUAUGUGAGGAAGAGAAACAUUUCAUUGGUCAUAUUAACCUAAUUAUGUAAACCAAAGUGCUGUUGUCCCUGAUGAAUGUAAACUGUUUGAAAUGUCCAGGUAAUUGGUGGAGCUGUAUAGUUCUCUUACUUAGAUUUUAAAUAUGGGAUUACAUUUAAAGCUUUUUUAAAAGUCUUUAUAUUCCUAGAUGUAGCAUUUUAAACCCCUAAUUUAUUUUGUGUGUAAUACUGUUUCAUGUGUAGUUUGUGAUCUUGUUUCUGAAUGGAAGUUAUGCACACCUCAUAACUGAAGGUUGGAGACAUGUUCUAUGCCAUUUUUGUAAAUACAUCACUUAGGGGAUGUGGGGUUUUGUUUGUAACUGAUGAUAUUUAUACCAGUGCAACCCCUCAUGUGGACACAGUUACAUGAGUAUAAAGUGCCUUGUGCUGGCAUAUCUUUAUUCACUUUGCUAGGAAUAAACUAUACCAGUCUAAGCACUUUCACACUAAUAACUGUAUCUUCUCCAAGGAUGUGGUGAGCUGAGACAGCAUCCUCAGUCUGACAGCUCCCUGUCACCAAAAAGGGGCAGCUUCCUCCUCCUCCCAUGCUCCCUAUUCCUGCCAACAUGUUCCAGCUGCUUCUCAUGUACCUUUACAGGUCUGGUGCUGGUCUGAUCCCUCCACAGGAUAAACCAACUUUGAAAGCCAGCAGAAAACUAUGCCAGUUUUAAAAAAGCACUAAUUUUCUGCUGGAUCAGCUCUCUACAGGAUUGGAUGGACACUGGGAUGGGAGUAGCAAGGGGACAGAACUCUGUAGCUGGGGACUGUAAAAGAAGAAGGCACUGCAAGUCCCUUUGGAGAUGCUAGGUCAGUUCAUCAUCCUGCCGAGCCACGUGCUUGGGGAACUGUGCUGUUUUGUGUAUAGCAGGGUUGGGCAGCUUGGUUUUUGUGAGUAGACAACCCUCAGGCUCACAAUGGAUGAUAAAAUAUCACAUUACUGUUAAUUUCGUAAUGAAACAAACUCAGGUAGCUGCACUGUUGAAUUUUGUAAACCUCUUACUGUCUAUUCUGGGGUGUAUUUUCCAAACCCAUAUUACAGUAACUAAGGAAUGAGUCAGCUGAUGGAAGAUUGUUUCCUAAUUCUCUAUAACAUCCAGGAAAAUAUGUAAAAGUGCCAUAUUUACUCAGUGAAUCAUGUACUGCUCAUAUGUAUAUUCAAAUGUGAUUCAUACUAGACUUUUCUGUGACCAAUAGUAUUUGACUUACAGUGGAUGGACAUUUUGUGGACAAUACUUUAGCAUGGUUUGUAUAUAUACAAAGAGUUUCUAUAACUACUUAUAUUAAUCAGGUGCCUAACAAGUAUGACAGUUCCAGAAUUUAAGCAAGGCAUUUUUUCAUUAUUGCUCAAAAAUAAUAAAAAUCUUCCUUGGUAACAGAAUUAGAGAUGACAAAGAUUGCAUCAGAAGUAAGAAGACAGCCUUCAUAGCACAUUGAGCCUGACAAGCAAAUUACUUUGUGAUGAAAAUCUGGAGAUGUUCAUCUCCCCCUCUGUCAAAAUUAGAAUGGAUAUUUGUGCUGACCUCGUGCAUCCAGCCAGACCAACAACUUUUUCAAAUUCUGAUUGGAAAACGCCUGCUCCAAGUCUUAUAUCACUUUUUUGGCACGUCAGUAAUUCAUGUGCUUAAGUGGUGACAAGUCCUGCAGGAAUGCCAAGAAAAAACUUUGAAAUUUGACCAAAUGGAUAAACUUAAUUCUGUAGCAAGAAUCAUAAUAUCAUAAUAGACCUGCAUAGUGUUACAUUGCAAUAUAGUACACCCAGAAAAAAACAGAAAUAAAAUGUUCUUUUGUAAUAAUGA